CUUGUAUGCACUCCAUAUUCUAAAGCUCCACAUGAAUCUUCCCACUCAGGAUUCAAUAUUCCGAGCUUCAAUGUUCUUACAAGUCUUAUUCAAGCUUCUUCAGCUGCAUAUUAUUAGUCUUCUACAAUUAUCACACCCUAUUUACCCGUCAUGAAAUCGAUACGCCCCUUUCCGAAGAAUAUCCCAUUCAACCUUCGCACUCCAUCUUCGUAUAAUGGCUCUCAUCGCUUACGUCUCAACCAAAGCCAAUGCCGAACGUUCGUACGGCAACGACGGUCUUCCCUCCGCGCCGUUGAAACGUUGAAUGUCGAUCGCAUGAAAACAGAGUACCAAACAUACUAUACCCGGAAACGAGCCUUUCUGUUGUUUGGUGCGGUCUCGGGCUUUGCUGGCAUCUGCUACACAUCGUAUAUGAUCUACCAUGAGCUGAGUAAACCAAAGAAGUUGGAUAGCGGAUUGCCCAAGAAUUUAGAUCCAUUCAGUACAGAAGCCGGCUCGAAACGCAAAACUAUCAUCCAUGACACAGACGGAACCGAACUUGUUCCUACAGGGAAUAGCACUGUACCUACUUUUCCGCGACAGCUCGACCUCGCGCUCGGCGCUGAAGCAGGCCAAGAAAUGGCUAAUGGCCUUGAAUAUACUCUAGUAGGGUUAGGCGUGAGGACGGUGAGCUUUUUAAGUAUACAGGUCUAUAUGGUAGGAUACUACAUCGCGACGCAAGAUAUCGCUGCUUUGCAAUCGCGCCUUGUCAAAGAAAUAAAUCCGAUUGCGACAACAUUAGUAGCAAACGAGAAGGACGAAUUGCGCCAGGCACUGUUAGACCCGGUGAGGGGAGAAAAGCUGUGGAACGAUAUUCUACAAGAGGUUCGGCCACGAUCUCUGUUUAGGGUUGUACCUACGCGGGAUACCGACUUUCAUCACCUCCGGGACGGAUUUGUUCGUGCUAUAACAGCAAGGUCGCAAGGAAACAGCGGCGAAUACGGCGACGAAGCAUUUGGAAACGCUAUGGCCGAGUUCCGCAGCCUGUUCAACCGCGGCAAGGUACCAAAGAAGCGGGAAAUGCUGCUAGUUCGAGAUAAGGAAGGGCGCCUAACUAUCACAUUUGAUGAUGGCAAGGCCGGCAUGGGCACCAUUGGACGUGUCUCCGAGGAACGGGUCUCGCGAUUGCUGUGGCUUAACUAUCUUGCCGGUAGUAAGGUCGCCUCUGAACCCGCAAGGAAGAAUAUUGUCGAGGGAAUUAUGGAGUUUGUAGAAAGACCAGUGGGCACCGUAGCGACGCAGGUAGUAUGACGAGACCUAUGUGCCGAAAGCACACAUUAAAACCUGGGUGAGCUGUACGUUUUAUCGAGCAGUCUUGUGUAAUCUU